AGACAUGCUAUCUCAAAGAAAUAGAGAGAAAUUGAGAUAAACAAUGGAUCCCUUUUUUCUUUUUUCACUAGCAUUUGUACUUCUUUACUUUUCUCUCUAUCUCAUCUUCGUCAUCCUCAAAGGCAAUUACUCCAACAAACACACAAAUCUUCCACCAGGCUCAAGUGGAUGGCCAAUCCUUGGGGAAAACAUGGACAUGGCUUCAUCCCCUGAGAAAUUCAUCCAUGAAAGAAUGAAAAAACACUCCUCACAAGUCUUUAAAACCUCCCUCUUAGGUGAAAAAAUCGUCGUUUUCUGUGGAUCAAGUGGUAACAAGUUCUUGUUUUCAAAUGAAAACAAACUUCUCGGCACAUGGUGGCCACAGUCUUUCACCAAGCCACUAAUGUGCCCAACUCAAUCCCAAAAUACUGUCAAAAGAUUUGCUAUCAUAAAUCGCGUGCUCCUUCACGAAAUCCUCAAACCCGAAAAUCUCAAACAAUUCAUCCCUUUUAUGGAUUCCAUGGCUCGCGAUCACUUGAGCCAAGAAUGGCUCCCUUUCAAGGAAGUCAAAAUUUACCCUCUAGCCAAAAAAUAUACUUUCACCUUAGCUUGUAAAUUAUUCCUAUCAAUAGAGGAUUUUCAACACGUAAAAAAGUUAUUGGAUCCCUUCGUUCUUGUCACGUCGGGGAUGUACUCCGUGCCCAUAAAUUUUCCCGGUACGCCUUAUAAUCGAGCGAUAAAAGGUGGAAAAAUGGCUCGUGAAGAGUUUUUGAGGGUUAUUAGGGAGAGGAAGAAGGAGACAAUGGAGAAAAAGAAUUAUGAGAAAAGUUACAAUGACUUGUUGUCUCGACUUAUGAGUUCUAGUGAUGAAAAUGGACAAUUGAUGAAUGAUGCAGAUAUUUGCAACAUUAUUAUGGGAUUGCUAACUGCAAGCUAUCAUACUACAAGUGGUGCAAUUACUUUUGUAUUGAAAUAUCUUGCUGAGCUCCCUAAAAUUUUUAAUGAGGUUUAUAAAGAACAAAUGGAAAUUGCAAAGUCUAAAGCUGGAGAAGAGUUGCUAAAUUGGGAUGACAUCCAGAAAAUGAAGUAUUCUUGGAAUGUAGCAUGUGAAGCACUAAGGCUAAUGCCACCAGCUCAAGGUGCUUUUAGAGAGGCCAUUACUGACUUCACAUUUGGAGGAUUUACUAUCCCAAAAGGAUGGAAGACAUUUUGGAAUGUGUAUUCAACACACACAAAUCCAAAAUAUUUUCCAGAGCCAGAAAAGUUUGACCCCUGUAGAUUUGAAGGGAGUGGGCCAGCACCAUACACUUUUGUACCAUUUGGAGGAGGACCAAAAAUGUGUCCAGGAAAAGAGUAUGCAAGAUUGGAAAUUCUAGUGUUUAUGCAUAAUGUGGUCACCAAAUUCAAGUUAGAGAAAUUGGUUCCAAAUGAAGAGAUUAUUUACCAAGCUUCACCUGUUCCUGCCAAUGGCCUCCCUGUUAGGAUUCAACCCUAUGGAAAUUAAAUGUCUCUUUUUAAAUGGGGGAAAAGGUAAUUAAGUUAGAAUAUCCUUUUAUAUUGAAUAUUGAUGUAUCCCUUGGAUUAUUCUUGACUUCAUUCAAAAAGGAUUAAUUCGAGGCCUAUAAAAUUAAUUU